AUGCUGAGCCUUUUCUACAUUUAUUGUUUGUCAUUGAAAGUAGCAAUCAAUGACAUCGAAUACGAAGGUAAUUCCCUUGAUGAUAUACUAGAGAAUAAUAAAAUCAAGAAAGAUUCAGUGAAAACGAUUCACGUUUUAUCAGGUAACUUUGACAUGAAAGGAUUUGCAUCGAGAGAUUAUUCAAAUCUUGAAACAUUUGAACUUGAAGAUGGCUGCUACAGCGGUCUAAUUUCCAAAGAUAAUUUCGGAUAUUCAAAAAGUCUUAAAACUGUCAGAAUAUAUAGUGAAAUAACUACUGAGAAAUUCUUCCUAUAUGGUAGCAACGUCACAGAAAUCUGUUUCACAAAUUUGAAAGAUGAAAAUUUAAGUUCAUCCUAUAAAACAGAUAAUCUUCAAAAUAUUACAUUGAUUGGUCCAACAACAAUUUCAGAUUAUGCAUUUGCUUUUUGUAAAUUAUUAACUACCGUUUCAAUUCCAAAUGCAACAAUUAUUAAAGAAAGUGGCUUUGAUUCUUGUAAAUCACUUAAGAACAUAAAUAUGCCACAUCUUACAAUUGCUAAUCAUUCUGCUUUCAGUGGUUGUAAGGCUCUUGAAACAAUUAAUUUUGAAGAACUAACAACAAUCGGUGAUUUUGUUUUCGAGGAUUGUGAAUCACUUAAGAAUGUAAAUUUGCCACAUAUUACAAUUGCUAAUAACUCUGUUUUCAGUGAAUGUAAGGCUCUUGAAACGAUUAGUUUAGAAGAACUAUCAACAAUUGGUGACUUUGCUUUCUUAGAAUGUGAGUCCCUUAAGAAUGUAAUUUUGCCACAUAUUACAAGCUUCGGUCAAUCUGCAUUUAGUGAUUGUGGUUCACUUGAAACAAUCGAAUUUAAUGAAGUAACAUCAAUGGGUAAAUCUGCAUUUUACAAUUGCAAAUCUCUUAAAAAUGUAACAAUUCCUCACAUCAAAAUUGUUGGUGAAUCUGCAUUUUAUAACUGCCAAGAACUUGAAACAGUAAACUUUGAAGAAGUAACUGCUAUUAAUGAAGAUGGAUUCAAUCAAUGUAAGUCUCUGAAAAAUGUAAAUAUUCCUCAUCUUCAAACUAUUGAAUACCAAGCAUUUAUUGAUUGUAAAUCACUUGAAACAGUUAAUUUUGAAGAAUUAACAAUUGUUGGUACAGAAGAAUUUUCUUCAUGCAAAGCUCUUAAGAAUGUAAAUAUUCCACAUCUCCAAACUAUUAAUGAAUGUGGAUUUGAUAGAUGUGAAUCACUUGAAACAAUUGAAUUCAACGAAGUAACAUUUUUAGGCAAAUGGGCUUUUUUAAUGUGUAGUACAUUAAAGAAUGUUCAACUUAAAUCUGUGAAAACACUUUCAAGAGGAUGUUUUGUAUCAUGUACAUCAAUUGUUGAACUUAAUCUAUCAUCUGUAACAGAGAUCAUCGAUAAUACUGUAUUUUCUUAUUGUCCAUCAUUAAAGACUUUGAUAUUAACAAAUUUGGAAAGAGUAAAUUCAAGUUGUGCUGAUAUAUUUGAUUUUUGUUUUGAUCUCAAGGAUAUAUACUUUGGCAAUUAUCCGCCUAAUGAAUUCCAUAAAAACAUAUCAUUUAAAGGUAUGACUGUUCAUAUUCCAUCAGAGGAUUCUUGGGGAAAUUAUGUUCCUCAAUCUCAAGAAAUUUCAUCACCUCGAUAA